CCUAAAUCCCUCUCCAACUCAAAAUCUUAGAAAUUGAUUGAACCUCCCCCUACACAAAGUCAUUGUAAGAACUCCAAUACUAAUUACUCAAUUCAUAAUUGGAUAAAAGAAUGGGUUUAGAAGAUGAAAAUUGUGGGAUUAGUGUCACAAGGAGAUCAUCAUCCUCACCAUCUAAUGACACUAGGAGAAGAGCCACAUCAUUAUCUCAAUCUUCUUCUCCUUCUCUAUUAAUGACCUAUUCCAUAAUUGUUAUUUUCUUGAUUAAUCUCAUCACCAUUCCUUGCAAUGGAGAUGUUAGUAGCCAACAACAGCAACCAAAGGCUCUGUUGACAAAGAUGGCAAGCGACACCGUUUCAGUGUUGAAGGAAUCAUAUCGAAGCUCAUGGGACAAAGUUAAAACCGUCAUCCGCGACAUACAAUUGCAGUUUUCGUCCCCUAAUUUAGAUUUUAGAAGUGAGGACCCAAAAGUUGGGAGAGAAGCAACGAAAGACAGGGUGAUAGGAGCCGUGGAGAAAAGCGUAGAAGUCGGCGAGUACGCUGCCGAAGAAACGGCCGAAGCCGCUGCUAAGGUUGUCGAGACCACCGUGCAAAUGACGACUAACAAGGUCAAGGGAAAGAAAUCCAACCACGAAGAGCUUUAAUGUUUUUAAUGCAACUGACAAAUAUAUUGUAAAAUUUUCAUUGUAUACUCGAGAGUAAGAAAGAAAAUUCGAAUUUAAUUUUGUACCAUAUCAGACGAGAUCGAAUCCAACUAUGUCUUCUCUCGUAUUCCACUCAACCAUGGC